AUGGUUGCACUAGAUAGUCAUCCAGCUGGAACAGAAGUGGAUAUUAAUUAUGAAGAGAACAUUUUGGAUUCAAUGAAAGGAAGAGAACUGGAAUACACCAAGACACUCAAAUUUCUCGUCUCCAUGGACCUUUCAAACAAUGGCAUUGUUGGAGAGAUUCCAAAAGAGUUAAUGGAUCUUUCUGGGUUGCUGAACUUGAAUUUAUCUGGAAAUCAUCUAAAAGGAAGGAUCCCUAAUAAUAUUGGCAAUUUGACACAAUUGGAAUCUCUUGAUUUGUCUCGAAACAAACUUUCUGGCCCCAUUCCUCCAAGUCUGUCCAGUUUAAGCUACCUAAGUCAUUUGAACAUGUCAUUCAAUAAUUUAUCAGGGCGAAUACCAACGGGAAAUCAACUUCAAACCCUCAAUGAUCCUUCCACUUAUAUAGGCAACGAUGGCCUUUGUGGUGCACCACUCCUAAAUAGUUGCCUCGAUAAUAAAUCAUCUAAUGGUGAUCACAAACAUGCUGAUGAGAGUAAAGUUGCAGAUGAAACUGAUUUUUUGUGGUUCUACACUGGCAUUGGACCUGGUUUCCUGGUUGGGUUCUUGGGGGUCUGUGGCACUUUGAAUUUCAAGAAGUCUUGGAGGUAUGCAUACUUCCAGUUCAUCGAAAACAACUACAAUUGGAUAUUAAUAAACAUAGCAAUCAAGCUCGCUCAGCUAAGGAGGAUGUUCAACAAAGGCAAGUUUGGAGGAUGA